AUGUCUUCUCAAUUUUUAUUGAAGACUUCGCAAACAGUGGAGCUAUUUAAUGGUUAUCCAGCGUUCAACGAGUAUAAUGAUUUGAAUGAGAACAGUUCUAUCACUUCUGCAUUAUUAGCCCCAUGCGGUAGAUUUUUGGCUACUUCUACCGACAGCACUGUUAAAGUAUUCACUGGUGAUCAAUUUGAUAGUUUGUUGUGCCAAUUAGAUUUGAAAAACGUUUAUGAUUUGAAAUUCUCACCUUCUGGUAACUUUUUGGGAACUUGGGAAAGAGCCUCUAUUCAAGAUCCUGAACAUAAGAAUGUUAAAAUUUGGUUUUUGAAUAAACAGUUUGAAACUGGUGUUGAAGUUAAACCAUCUUAUCAAUAUCAAUCAAAAUCACAAAAUGGUUGGUUUUUGCAAUUUUCAAAACUAGAUAAUUUUGCUAUAAAAUUAUUCAAAAAAGAAUUAAGAUUAGUUAAACUAGAUUUGAAUUCAGAUGAAGUAGGAUUCGAUUUCACAAAACCUUAUGGUAAGAUUGUACAAGAAAGUGAACAACAAAGUUUUACUACUUAUUUGAUUUCGCCUGCCGAAUUUCCAACUGUUUGUACUUUCACUCCGGAAAAAUCAGGAAAACCAGCACAGUUGACUAUUUGGCCAGUUUUAGAAGGUACGAUUGCUAAAAAAAUCGCAACAAAGACUUUCUUUAAAGCAGACUCAUGUCAAUUAAAAUGGAAUGAUCUAGGGAAUGCAGUUUUAUGUAUUGCCACUACAGAUUUUGAUGCUUCAAACAAAUCAUACUAUGGUGAGAAUACACUAUAUUUAUUAAGCUUCCAAGGUGUAAAUGGCUCCUUAGGUGGUACUUCGGUUAGGGUCCCACUAUCUAAAGAAGGUCCGAUCCAUGAUGUUUCUUGGUCUCCAACUUCGAGACAAUUCGGUGUCAUUUUCGGUUUCAUGCCUGCCCAAAUCACAUUCUUCGAUAUGAGAGGUAACAUUGUUCAUUCAUUACCAGAACAAUCUAAGAACACUAUGAUUUUUUCUCCAUCUGCAAGAUAUAUAUUGAUUGCAGGUUUUGGCAACUUGCAAGGUUCUGUUGAAAUUUUAGAUCGUCAUGAUAAAUUCAAGUGCAUAACAAAAUUCAAUGCAGCAAAUACAUCUGUUUGUAAAUGGUCUCCAGGUGGCGAAUUCAUUAUGACCGCAACAACUUCUCCAAGGUUAAGAGUUGAUAACGGUGUUAAAAUAUGGCAUGUUACAGGUAAUAUGGUGUUUAUAAAAGAAUUUAAAGAAUUAUUGAAAGUUGAUUGGAGACCAAAGCCAAACUACAAAACAUCGAUAAUUAAUGAAAAACCUUCUCACAUCAUAAAAGAUUGGACUACAAAGUUAAAUGACGAAAAUACUGCCAUCGAUCCAAAAAUUACUAAUAAACAACAGUUAGAUAUUCACGAAAGUGUAAAGGACUAUGAAUUAAAACAUCCAAACAAAAGUAAAAGUGUUUCCGCUGAUGGAGCCGCCAAAAAGCCAAGUGGUACUUAUAAACCUCCACAUGCAAGAAGAGCUGAAGCUAAUGGCACCGCUAGAACAGUCCCAGGCAUGGCCAUUGUUAAUGCCAAAGCCAGUAAAGCUGCCACUACUACAAUUCCAGGUAUGGCUCCAAAGGAAUCUAAAACUGCAUCCAAAAAUAAAAAGAAGAGAGCAAGCAAAACUAAGCAAGAAGGUGAUAGUGCUGAUUCCCCAGGAAAGGCUGUUGAAGUUACAACCACUGUUAAUUCAGACGUUACUGUUAACAAAGAGGCUUCUCCAGAAGAAAAGAAGAUUAGAUCAUUGUUAAAGAAAUUGAGAGCUAUUGAAACACUAAAACAAAGACAAAGUGCUGGUGACAAAUUAGAAGACACCCAAAUUCUAAAGAUCAAAACUGAAGAAAAGGUCUUGAAAGAUUUAAAAGAUUUGGGUUGGGAUGAAUAG